AUGAUUUACUUCAAAGUUCAGGUGUAUUUUUCAUCUCUUUCCUCUUCGGUAAUUAAGAUCAUAUCCAAGUUUGACAGUGCAGAUGGACAAAUUUAUAAACAAUACUUUAAUAAGGAUUUCUUCAUUAUUUUAUAAUUUUUAACCUUGCCAUAUGAUAGAGAUGACAUAAUUAUUACCAUUUCUCUUAUUUAAAAAAACAAUAUUCCCAAAAAGGUUAUAUAAAUAGCAAUAACAAUUAUUUAAAAUUAAAUUAAAAUUAAAAAUAUAAGUUGCCUAAAUAAAAAAAAUUAUUUCCAUUGUUUCUACAAAUUAAAGAUAAUUAUAUAGGAAAUUAAAAGUACAUUAGCACUAAUAUCAUCUGAAGUACAAAAGCUCAGAUACUAUAUUCAAUUAUCAUCAAACCUAAAAAAUUUAUUUUUUAUAUUGCAUUUAUUUCGAAAAAAAGAUGAUUACUAAAUUCUCCCUUAUAUUUAUUUUUCACACUCUCAACGAAAUUUAUUAAUAGAAUAUCAUUGUUUUUAUCAAAAGAUAGUUGCAUUAUUUGAGUUUAUCAAAAUGUCUAAGUUGCACUAAUUUUCUAAGUAUUUAAUAUUUAAUACAUCCUUGCAAUAACAAUUAAUGGUUAAAAAUUUCAUUUUCAGUAAAAUUGCAAUAAAAUUCUAUUGUUUAGAACUCAAAUAACUUUUCUUUUUAUAUUUGAACUUAUAAUUAUAACAGAUUAAAUAAUUUCUAUAAUUAUGGCUUUCUGAUAAGGCUUUAAAACGAAUAUCUAUUUAGAUUGAAAUGAAGAGCAUCUGA